AAACGAUUCUUUAAUGCCUGCAAUCUGCCUAGUGUUUUCCUUGACUGCUUCUUUCACUUCUGCAAUCACAUUGGAGUUGUCACUGACCAUCGUUUCCAGGGGAUCCGAUCUGCUGUUUAUGAGCAGAGAGAAAGACGAGAACUGGGAGAGAAUGAAUAACAUCCCAGUGUUCAGCCCUGCCCUGACAGACGGUGCUCUGGGAGAUAUGUUCUACCUUUUCUCAAUUGAGAAUCCUGGCUUGAUUUUGGACAUAAUUGAAGACAUUUCAAAGUUGAACAACCUCGUAGUGGCUGCUAACAGCACAGGGAUGAUCACGCUGGGAGGAGGUGUAGCCAAACACCACAUAUGCAACGCCAAUUCCUGGAGAGAUGGCGCUAACUAUGCAGUAUAUGUGAACACGGCGCAGGAGUUUGAUGGUUGUGACUCUGGGGCCAGACCUGAUGAGGCAGUGUCCUGGGGCAAGAUCACAGCAGAUGCUAAACCUGUGAAGGUGUUUGGAGAUGCUACCAUAAUCUUCCCCUUAUUAGUGGCAGAGACCUUUGCAGUUCAUGCUAAGAUGACUGCUGGCAAGAAAAAAGAAUAAAUAAAGGCCUCCUGAAAUACCUUAACAGUCAGCAUUUUUCUUGGUUAUGUUUAAUAACAAAAGCAUAGAGAAAAUCCUUUUGGUCCCUGUGACUUGAUAUUUUGCUGUCAAUAAUGCAUGUUGACUGUCAAAAAUUGUAUACAAACUUUAAACUUGUAUAUAUUAUCAAAGCUUUUUGUUUUAAUUUUACUUUUUAAAAAUUGUAUUUAUUUAAAACAACAAUAACAACAACAACAACAAACAACAAAAGGGGAACCAAAAAAGUGAGGGGGGACCUGGCUGCAGAGAAGAUGGCAGAUCUCAACCAUGGAAGACCAGUGUCCUCCAAGGCAAAUGUGGUUCUUUUUUGUGGUUUUCAAGACACAUUAGUGACUCCAGCAGGUGGUGGUAAUGCAUCUUAUGCUGGUUGCGAUGAAAUUCCAGAUAGAAGUAGGUUUUUUGAGAUCUGGUUUGAUCCAGUUUAUUUUGAAUGUAUUGUUAAGAGAGCUGAAGUCAAUAAAAUUUUGCCGAUGACAA